AUGAGCAAUGCUCCUGAUCUUCGUUACGUGCGAUAUGAAAACUCGCGCGAAAAUGAGUAUGUCGCCGCAAUGCGCCAGCUGAUCUCCAAAGAUCUUUCCGAACCUUACAGUAUCUACGUCUACCGCUACUUCCUAUACCAAUGGGGUGACCUGUGUUUCCUCGCGAUGGACGAUAAGGAUGAGAUGGUCGGGGUCGUGGUAUCGAAGCUAGAGCCACACCGCGACGGCCCGCUGAGAGGGUAUAUCGCCAUGCUGGCCGUGCGCGAAGAGUACCGUGGCCGGGGAAUUGCAACCAAGCUAGUGCGCAUGGCUAUCGAUGCUAUGAUCGAGCGAGAUGCAGAUGAGAUCGUCCUCGAAACCGAAAUCACCAAUACCGGCGCAAUGAAACUGUACGAGCGGCUAGGCUUCCUUCGUAGCAAGCAGCUCCACCGGUAUUAUUUGAAUGGCAACUCGGCCUACCGGCUUGUGCUCUAUCUCAAAGAAGGUGUGGGCUCGAUUCGGACGGCACUUGUUGAUCCCUAUGGUCUUCCGCCAUCAGUACCCGGUCUACCUGACGCCUGUGGGGAACAUUCUCAUGCGAAUAUGGGGUCAUUGAUUUGA